AUGUUCGGCGCUCGAUCAGGAAACUGCUUCAACUGCGGCCAGCCUGGCCACGUUGCCUCCGCUUGCCCCACUCCCGGCGUUGCUGCCUGCUACGGUUGUGGCCAGCCCGGACACUUGUCUCGUGACUGCCCCACCCCCAAGCCCAAGGCGUGCUACUCUUGCGGCCAGGAGGGACACCUUUCCUCCGCUUGCCCCACCGGUCCCGCUCAGGGCGGUGCUGGCGGCGGUGGUGCCGGUGACUGCUACCGCUGCGGUAAGCCCGGGCACAUUGCCCGCGCUUGCCCCGAGGCUGGUGGCCAGGCUGGCGGAUUCGGCGGUGGCUUUGCUGGCGGUGCUGGCGGCUACGGUGGUGGCGGUGGCUACGGUGGUGGCAGCAAGUCCUGCUACACCUGCGGUGGUGUCGGCCACAUCUCGCGCGAGUGUCCCUCGGCCGGCGGUGGAUCCGGUGGCGGACGCGGCUUCGGCGGCGGCUUCGGUGGUGGUGCCCCGGCCGGUGGCCAGAGGUGCUACAACUGCGGCCAGAACGGCCACAUUUCCCGCGAGUGCCCCCAGGAGCAGGGCCGCACCUGCUACAACUGUGGUCAGGUCGGCCACAUCUCGUCGGCGUGCCCUACUGGCGCCUCGGCUCCCCCUGCUGCUUAA